AUGUGGGUGAAUUGCAUUUUGAGGUCUGGGUUGCUGUUUGUCACUCUGUCUCUUGCCAUUGCCAAGCACAAGCAAUCUUCCUUCGCCGCAAGUUGCUACCCAAGGGGAACACUGUCCCAAGCUGUUGAUACGCUCUAUGUCAAGGCAGCAAGGCUCAAAGCAACAAUUCCAGAAGAUCAUGUAAAAAAAGUACAGUUAUUAAAAAAGAAAACAAAAAAGCUGUUUAUGAAAAACUUAUAGAAAAGAUUCCAAGAACAACUACUGUCCUUUUUCAUGGAAGAUGUUUUUGGUCAACUCCAAUUACACGUUUGCAAGGAAAUACACUUUGUGGAAGACUUUCACAGCCUUAGGCAGAAAUUGAGCCACUGUAUUUCCUGUGCUUCAUCAGCUAGAGAAAUGAAAUCCAUUACCAGGAUGAAAAGAAAAUUUUAUGAGAUUGGAAAGAAAGGAAUCUACAAAGCCAUCAGUGAACUGGAUAUUCUUCUUUCCUGGAUUAAACAUUUCCUGGAAAGCAUUAAGUAA